GGCUGGCAUUCACGUGUGAACGCAACUGUCAGCUGUUUGCUGCAAAAUGCGUUUGUUGUUACACAGCCAGUGCUGUCCAAUGUGCGGUUUUGAUAAAAAAGAAGGAAAAAAGAAACAGACAACGAGACAUUCAUAAUAAUAUUAGUACGCACUUGCAAGCAGCAAAAACAACAACGGCCGUCAACAUUUUGAAACGUACACUGGCAGAAAAGUUGUGGUCGCUGUCGCUGUCGCUGUUCUCGACAUUCAGUCGAAGAAGAAAAAUGUACAGCUGUUCGCUGUUCGCAGAUGAGUCCAAUUAUCAGCCGGACACGCUGGAUCUCAAUACAGAUGCCAAGGCGGCUGAUUAUUGGUUUCCCUGCUUUCGCGAACUGGUCACCAAAUAUGCCAAGCAGGCUGCGGUCAGCAGCAGCAGUCAAUGUGAUGGUGAUGAUGCUGAUGAUGCCGCACAGCGUGCAGCACAAUUUCAAGCUGCCUACUUGGGGCAGUUGCAAGACUAUCAGGAUAACAUCGCCAACAAUCGGGGCAAAGUUGUGCUGGGCACCAGCGAGCUGCUCAAGCUGAACGAGACAAUGUUGCGUCGCUUUGGCUUCUCGGAUCCCUGGCGGCGUCAGAAGCAGCAGGAGAAUGCUUCGGCCAAGGGCAGACUCAAGCAGCGACUGCAGGAGAUCGAUGCCAUUACGGAUGGGGAUGCACGCUGGACGGAACUGGUGCGUGGUGUGCUCGCUGGCAACAUGUUCGAUUGGGGUGCGCAGGCAGUGGCCACCAUACUCGAGCAGGAUAGCAAUUUUGGACUGCAUGCGGCGCUCGAGCGAAUCGAGCAGCGGCCGUGGCUGCUGGAUAAUCUGGAUGCGUGGCUGCAACGCAUGCGGAAUAGUCCAGAGCAGCAGGCACACAAAUGCGCUGUGGUCUUUGUGGACAACAGUGGUGUCGAUGUUGUCCUGGGCAUAUUGCCCUUUGUGCGGGAACUGUUGAGGCGCGGCACAAAGGUGCUGCUCUGUGCGAACAGCGAACCCUCGCUGAACGAUGUGACCAGCGUGGAAUUAAGUUUGCUGCUCGACGAAUGCGCCUGCGAGUGCAGCAUUUUGGCGCACGCCUGGCUACACAGCCAGCGGCUGCUCGUCUAUGCGAAUGGACAGAGUGGUCCGUGUCUGGAUAUGCGCACAUUGCCGCGCGAGCUGUGCGAUGCCAUCACUGCCAAUGAGACUGAUCUGCUUGUCAUCGAGGGCAUGGGCCGAGCACUGCACACCAACCUGAAUGCCCAAUUCAAAUGCGAAACCUUAAAAUUAGCCGUUGUAAAGAAUCGGUGGCUGGCCAAAUAUUUGGGUGGCGAUAAGAUGUUUCCCGUGAUUUGCAAAUACGAGGAGCACAGAUAGUGGAUAGUUUUAUAUAUAUCUAUAUAUGUAUGAAUACUGAUUGUUAUGCUCUGCAUUGUUUUCAAAUUAUUGUUAUUGUUUAUAAUCCCCAUCCCAAUUCCAAUGCCAACAACAAAUUGAGAUUCAGUUUCAAGUCACUUUGUAUUUUGUCUAGCUAUAUAAAAUGGCAACGAGCCACCUGUAAACAGAACUGUAAUUCUUUUUUUUUAUAUACUUAUAUUAAUUACUAUCAUAAAGUUGCAAUAUAAAAUUUCUGUUAUUUCUCAUAA